AGACCGAUUGCAUGCAUUGGGAGGACGCAUUGAAAGCUCGAGGAGCCGGAGACCUUGGUGGGACAUCAGCACGAGCAUCUUCGGCAGACAGACACUCUGAACCCAGCUCCGUCAGCGGCUUGAAGACGUGAGGUUGCUACAUAUUAUUCGCCGAAAAUCGAAGAUGAUCAACCCAGGCGCUAAAAUGGAUGUAAUCAAGACUGCGGAGGCGCAUGGCUACUCUCGGGAGGAUGGCAUAUGGCGGAGUCAGAGACCAUCCAUAUCAAUCCCUGAGGAGGAGACUGUGGAUACUGUGGGAAUGUACUAUCGAAUGGCUCCAGACGACGAUCGACUAGCUUUGGUUGAUGUGGUUUCGAAGGAGGAACUGACCUACAAGGAAUUCAAGAUCAAAUUUCGUACCGUGGCCUCCGGAUUGCAUGAACUCGGUGUGCGGAAGGGAGAUGUGGUCAUGAUCUUGUCACCAAAUUCUGUUUGGUUUCCUGUCAUUAUCUUCGGCUGUUGGUUGGUAGGAGCAACUGUGACCACAGUCAAUCCGGUGAAUACUUCAUACGAGAUAGAGAAGCAACUGAAGGAUUCUGGUGCACGACUCAUAUUUACUGUCCCAGAGCAGUACACCAAAGUUCAAAAUUUUGGGAAGCCGGUUGUGCUCAUUGGAGGAACCGAGCAGCAGCAUAAUGUCCCCAAGGGCGCGACUCCUUUUACGAAACUGUUGUCCGCUGAUCCCCGCAGAGUCCCCGAGGUCACCAGACGACAGUCAGAGAUAGCUGCGCUUCUGUACUCUUCAGGAACCACGGGAAUGAGCAAAGGAGUGGUUCUCACUCACAGGAAUAUCAUGGCUGUUAUACUGCAGCUUCUCUAUGAUGCUCCUCCGGAGGUCAGGGACAGGAGAUACAUGGUCAUGUUACCAAUGUAUCAUGUUUAUGGGCUGGCCGUGGUGAGCAUUGCGCAAUUUUUUAGACCGGGAGCUUUGAUCAUUAUGCCCAGAUUCGACACGCAGCUGCUUCUUAGUUCCAUUGAGAAAUACAAAAUUACCGACCUUCCGGUGGUACCACCUAUCAUUAUUAUGCUUGCCAAAAGCAAGGAAGUUGAUCGAUAUGAUAUGAGCUCUCUGGUUGAGAUCACUACUGGUGCGGCUCCUUGUGGAUUGGAACUGACCAUGGAGCUUCACAGAAGGUUACCGAAUGUUCGAAUCAGACAGGGUUUUGGAAUGACAGAGACCAGCGGAAUCGUGGGUGUGAAUGUUAGUAGACCAGAUAACUCACAUUUCGGCUCAACUGGAACUCUAGUUUCUAAUAUGGAGGCCAAGAUUAUCGAUGUAACAACGGGAAAAGCUUUGCCACCUUACGAUCAGGGGGAGAUAUGUGUGCGAGGUCCCAACGUUAUGCGAGAAUACUUGAACAACCCUCAAGCAACAGCUUCAACUAUCAAGGAAGGAUGGUUACACACUGGCGACCUUGGUUAUUACGAUGAAACAGGACAGCUGCAUGUUGUCGAUCGUUUGAAGGAGUUGAUCAAGUACAAAGGUUUUCAGGUUGCUCCUGCAGAACUGGAAGCAUUACUGCUUACCCACUCCAAGAUUUUGGAUGCAGCUGUUGUUCCAUUACCUGAUGAGAAAGCUGGUGAGCUGCCAGUGGCUUAUGUGGUGAAGGUCGCAAACUCUAAGUUGACCGAGCAAGAAGUCAUCGCUUUCGCAGCAGAGAAGGUAUCUCCCUACAAGCGACUCCAUAAGGUCACUUUUAUCGAUGCUAUUCCGAAAUCUCCAUCAGGGAAGAUCCUUAGGCGCGAAUUAACAUUGCUGGCGAAGGCAAAAGCCAAACUUUGAGUAACUCCAUUUACUACGACACACGAUACAUGGGCGUUUAGAGUACGUAAUAGGAUAGGUUAGCUCAUUAAAUUCUGAGGCACAUUUCGUACUUCAGUUUAACUUAUAUCUGAAGUCGUCAUCAACCCGAAGGAGGUUGAUGAAGCAACGACGUCAAUCUGUACAAAGAGUACUCUACUCAUUUCUGUACAAAGAGUACUCUACUCAUUUCUGUCUUUGCCAGUGCCCAUGUCACCAAUGAGCUGCAAUGCCCAUGAAGACAAAAUGUAUAUAAAGAAGUAUAAACACAUAGUUUCUGUAGUAUCCUGGUGAACACCUGCACAGUUUAAAAUUCGGAUGAUAAAGAAUGAAUCAUUGGGUCCUCGUAUUCGACCUCCAUAGGACUAGAGGUCAAGUCCUUCAUCUAUAUUGAAGAUAUUUUUUACAUCCCAUGAUUGUAAUCGCUCUUGUUGAUUAUCCUGCGUAGAUAGUACCUCGACCAACGAAGAAAAGUUUUUCGUCAAGCUUGU